GUUCAACUUGUCCGCCACCCGACUGGCACGCUUUUAUGGCCACCACAAAUCCAGCUGUCCAGGCGGCAGCUAUCUCGGCCCCUGGGGCUCCAAUCCCUCCAGGAAUGAUUCCGGGCCCUUAUGGCGCCCAACCUAUGCCACCAGGCUCACGGUUUAUGAUCCACCCCACACGCCACUAUCCCACACAACUACCUUGGCCCGAUAUUUCUGACAAGGCAAAGUGGAGUGUCAGCAGCUUCAAGUUUGGCUUUGGCGCUGAGUGUCUCACCGAUGGUGACCCCGAUACGUUCUGGCAUUCAGACGGUCCUCAGCCUCACUUUAUCUCCAUCGAAUUUCCGAAGAAAGUCGCGAUACAGAAACUCUCCCUCUUCCUCUCCUUCAACGAGGACGACUCGUACACACCUGCCACCAUCGAAAUACGCGCUGGAACAGGCGCGAACGACCUUCAAUCCAUCCAAAUCAUCAACUUCGACAAGCCCGACGGCUGGAUAACCUUCGACGUCGGUACAGAACCUGCCGAAACUGAGGAGGACCCUCCGGAAGGCGGUCCCUCUAUAUUGGCUUUCAAGCCAGUUUACGCAUACGUCGUCCAGAUCGCCAUCCUCGCCAACCACAUGAGCGGCAAGGACACCCACGUCCGCGGUCUACGCGUGCUGGGUGUCUGUAACGACGAGGGUGAUCUCCUCGACGAAGAUCCAUUUCCGUGGAAGACGGCUGCGUUCAGGCUAUACGAGACCCUCAGAUAGUUGUUCGCCUCUUCGUCCGUUUGUGAACUUCGAGGAGAGAAUACCCGUCAUGGAGCAUAUGUAUUCCUACGUUCGACACGCUCUUUGAUCAGUCGAUAUCCUGAUCAUUUUGGUUCUACCGAGCCCUCUCACGCUUUCCUGGUCGGACGAUUCAUGGCUUACACCUGUGUUUGAACUCUGCAGAUUCGGAGGACCAUAUCUAUCUCUGAUUGUCCAGCAGACUCAGCCCGCGA